CUGAAAGAGUGCUAUAAUCUGAACCUGUGCAGCCAUACUGUUUGAGGGAGGCAGAAGACAGUUUCAACCAUGGCAAGCCAGGCGUUUUCCCCAGAGGCUGCUUUCCCUCAUGGGAGGCGGAGGGAGAAAUGGGACCCCAGGCUUCUUUCAAGGGCAAGGACUUGAUGGCGAAAAAAAGAGAAUGUCUCCAGGCCUACAGCUGGUGGAGAACACCACAGAAGAAACGGAAGAAAAAGAACAAAAUAAAACCAGGAAGAAUAGAGUUUGUCCCUAGCAGUACUAAUACAACCAGACCAGAUUAUUCAAUAUUUGUUGGGGAGCUUACUCCAGAAGUGGAUGAUUUCCAGCUCUAUGACUAUUUCCUAAAGAGGUACCCCUCAUGUAUUGACUGCAAAAUAGCAACAGACCUGCUGGGAUAUUCCAGAGGGUAUGCCUUUGUCAGAUUUGGUGAGCAAGGUGAUCAGAUGAGGGCACUGCAAGACUGCCAGAAUGCACCAGGUCUGGGGGGAAAACGAAUCCGGCUGAGCAUAGGAAUUUCUAAAAGACUGAAAGCAGAAUUCCAGCGGUACCAGUCAUACAACUAUAAUGAUUACUACCAAGAUUAUCAGAACUACUACUCACAGUGGAAUUAUGAUCCUUAUGCUGACUACAACUACAGCUCCUAUACUCCCUAUGAGAGCAUGCAAGCUGUUGGAGACUGCUCUUUAGGAGAUGCUGUUAUGGCUCCAGCUGUUUUUGAGGAGGCUUCAGCUAUGACUGAAAUCAACGAUGACCUAAUAACUGAAGAUCCGCAGCUGUACUUGGAUGUUGAUGAAAUGAACAGACAAUUUAUGGAGACAAGUGAAGAACUCUAUGAUGCCCUCAUGAAUUGUCACUGGCAACCUCUGGAUACGGUCACUUCUGACAUCCCCCCUGCUAUUUAAGUGUCUUAUAUAGCAUGACCGUUAUGACCAAGGUGCUAAAAUUACAUUUCUUCUACAUUACUCUAGAUCAUAAGUUUUAAAGCACAAUGAUAGGUGGGGUUUUUUUGCUAUGCUUUUGACAGUUUCUGUAAUUUUUUUUUGUUCAUCACUUGGAGCAUCUUGAAAUCAUGUAAAUAUUCUAGAAAUGUAAAGAGUUUGAUGGGGUCUAAAGAUAGACUUGCCUGUGUAAAUAAAAUUUUGUUUCUGCAAA